AUGGCAACAGUUCUUGGGUUUAAAAUUGUGUCAGCUUCUGAUGACAAUGUUCUAAAAUUGUGGGAUUGGAAGAAGGGUUGGGCUUGUCUUAAAACCUUUCAAGGACACUCACAUUAUGUGAUGAGUGUAGCAUUUAACCCCAAGGAUCCAUCUACCUUUGCUACUGCAUCCCUUGAUGGGACUUUAAAGAUUUGGAGUGUUGAUUCCUCUGCUCCAAUUGUGACCCUGGAUGGACACUUGAAAGGAGUGAAUUGUGCUAAUUACUUCAUAAGCCAUGAUAAAGAAUAUCUUAUAAGUGGUUCUGAUGAUUACACUGGACAUGGAAACAAUGUCAUAGCAGUGUGCUCUCAUUCUGAGCUUCCAAUUAUAAUAACAGCUUCAGAGGAUUCUACUGUCAAAAUAUGGGAUAAUGUCACAUACAGGCUUCAAAACACCUUGAAAUUUGAGAUGCUUCCUUCAGGAAAAGAUAGGGCUGCUUCUCGAGAUGCAGAUGCAGCAUUGGUUUUUGGCCGUAGUAGUAGUAGUAGUAGUGGUAGAAGAAGAAGUUGUAGUUUAGAGUUGGUUUUUAAGCAUGAUAAGAUGCAGAAUUGA